AACUGAGACAGGAACACCACACUGCCCCUUGGUGGUAUCUACUUUUGACAUGCCAUGCCCUAGUGUUUUGUCCCAGCCAUGUUCAGAAGACGUAAGACCAGCACUCUGGAACACAAGAGAGACUUCCAUGGAUCCACACUGCCUGCGCCCCAUAAUGAUAUGAGAACUUUCUUCAGCUUGUCUCAGCUUGUACUUUCUGCUGGCCACUUGAGACCGCCACCUGUUCAAAGACAUUCAAAAAUCGCUUAUUUUGAAGUGGAGGUUCUUGAUACCCAAAGCAAAAAACAGAUUUGUGUAGUAGACAAGAUACCACCAUCAUCAACACUUCUUGAUGUAAAACAUAAGUUUCAUAAAGUGUGUCCCCAGUGGUCCCCAUCUCGAGUAGGCCUGCGACUAGAACGCAAUGGGCCCUAUUUGAAAGACUCUGUCAACAUAAAGAGCCUUGCAGCUUCUUCUAUCAUUACAUUGUACUUCACAGACAUGGGUCAGCAAGUGAGCUGGACAACUGUUUUCCUAACUGAAUAUAUUGGUCCUCUUCUUAUAUAUCUGCUCUUCUAUCUUCGUCUCUCAAGUAUUUAUGAUGCAAAGGAGAGUGCAAGAAGUUUACGGCAUCCUGUUGUUCAUUUGGCCUGUGCUUGUCAUUGUUUACAUUAUGUCCGAUGUCUUCUGGAGACACUUUUUGUGCAUAAGAUUUCAGAAGGACAUACACCCCUGAAGAAUAUGAUCAAGGGUUGUGCCUUUUAUUGGGGCUUCACCUCUUGGAUCGCAUAUUAUAUCAAUCAUCCUCUGUAUAGUCCUCCAUCACUUGGAAACAAACAAGUUACUUUUGCUACCCUUGUGUUUCUGAUGUGUGAAGCUGGGAAUCAUUUUAUCAAUGUGGCUGUAGUCCAUCAAAGUCAAUCAGGGAAGUUAACUUCUUUUCCAAGUCCAUCAAUCAAUCCUUUCACAUGGCUCUUCAUAUUGGUUUCUUGUCCAAACUAUACAUACGAGAUUGGCUCUUGGAUAAGCUUUACGGUGAUGACACAAACUCUUCCAGUUGGAGUUUUCGCAUUUCUGAUGGCUAUCCAAAUGGCACAGUGGGCUCGAAAGAAACACCAGCAAUAUCUGAAGAGGUGUAUUGCAUGCCGCUGGAGGAAAGCAGCUAUGAUUCCAUUUAUACUGUAAAUGCAAAGAGAAACAGUCUGUGGCUGUCCUGUCAGGAGAAUGGAAGCAAUGUGCUUAGAAUGAUAAAAUUCAACAAGCUAAGCAAGAAGGAUACUUAGGGCCCUUCCAGACAGGCCAUAUAUUCCAGGAUCUAAUCCCAGGUUUUUUGUUUUACCCAAAUUAUCUGGCAGUGCAGACUCACAUAAUCCAGUUUAAAGCAGAAAGCCUGGGAUCGGCUCCUGGGAUAAAGGGCCUGUCUGGAAGGGCCCAUAGAACCUUGCUUUAAAAUACAUUUAGAGAAAUGACAUUUGAAAGUUAAAAUCCAAACCACCAUUUCAGGUUAUCAGAGGGGCUAAAACUGAACAAGGGAGCAGUUUAAGAAACCAUGGGUUCCUUGAUAUAUCUGACUCUGUAGGGUUCUUGGUAGUAGGUGCUAACAAAUAGCUCCUGUCUGUCAUGAGUCUCAGGCACCUUCUACACUGCCAUAUAAUCCAGAUUAUCAAAGCAGAUAAUCCACAUUAUCUGCUUUGAACUGGAUUAUAUGAGUCUAUACUGCCAUAUUAUCCAGUUCAAAGCAAAUAAUCUAGAUUUUAUUUGGCUGGAUUUUAUUUGGCCUCUACUCAUCUUUAUAUCCCAGGAUCAGAUCCCAGAUUAUCUGCUUUGAACUGGAUUACAUGAGUCUACACAGCCACGGAGUCUGGGAUAAGGUGAUAAUCUGGAAUCAGAUCCUGAGAUAUAGAGCAGUGUGGAGGGAACCUAUGAGAAAUUGCUGGUUCGAGCUAUAGCCUGAAUUAAAUAGAGCAGUCAUCCCACACUAUGGGUAUACCUGAUUUCCAGGAUUUAAUAAAAAGCAACUUCACAUUGUCCUAACAAGUAACUUGACAUUUGAACAUGAUGAAAAUAAGAAUUUAUGGUGAUAUUCUUUUUAUUAGGGUCCCAGAGUUUGUUGCCUCCUGUUAUCCUUUGUAUUAAUUAUUAGGUAGAAAAAUUGUUUGAAUUAAUAUACAAGAGUUAAGAUAAAUUAUUUUCUGCUGCUCAAUUAUUACAGAAUUAUACUGUUUAGUUCAUGCAAAUUCAAUCCAUAUAUGUCAUGUAGUCUGAAUAAAUAUUUUUGUUCAAGAACUGAUUUAACAACGAACAAUUAGAUGGAUAGUGUUUACCCACUUUCAUUGCUUUCUUUCCUAUAAUAUAUAUUAUUAACUGUGUGGUUAUUCUUCUAAAUAAAAUAUUAUUUUUG